UAUAAACGUAAGUGUGGGCAGAGAGUCGGUAACACAACGUCAACGUAACGUGAGGUCGCAGGUAAUAAGGUAACAAGGUGAAGACAUGGGGAAGCACUACUACUGUGAUUACUGCGAGCGAAGUUUUGCCGACAACCUGGGCCAUCGCAAACGUCACCUGAAAAGUAACAUUCAUCAGCAACAAAGACAAGCUUACUACAACUCUCUCAGAGAUGCCAGCACUAUUUUACGAGAAGAAAUGGGAAAACAAUCAUGCAGGAAAUAUCAACAAACAGGGGAGUGCAACUUUAAAGAAUCGUGCCGCUUUUCGCACAUGACACCAGAGAAACUCUAUAUGUUACAAGAGAGAGUAAGAAUGGAUAAACAGAUGGCUGACACCAGGUUAAACCAGCCUGAGAGGGACCCCGUCGACAUUGUUAACGAGUGGUUAGCGAAGAGAGCUAAAGGAGAGAAACCUUGCACCAGUGCUUCUGUGACCAUGGUAACCAAGCCCAAAGAAGAGGAGCCCAUCCACACAGUACCAGUUAUUUUUGCUGGACAUGCAAACAUUCCUCCAUCAGUGUUACCGCCGCCACCUGGUGACCAGAUUAACCGGGGAUCCGAGUGGGGCUAACAAUGCGUUUCGUGUGCGUCAAGAAUCGUGGAAUGAACAAGUUUUUAUUUAUUGUAAAUACACAAUUUUGUAAAUAAAUGCCUUGAAGUUAAUCUUCUA